UUCCUUAUUCUCUGUACGUAGAUGGUCAGGUAAUGGUGACAGUGGUAUAAGAACGCAGGCAGGAUUUGGUCGCAGUCUUGAGGCACCUGCUGGCCGCCGCGCAAGGGAAAGGCUGCGGGUCACCUCGGUUGCUGCCUGUUACGCCGCCAGGAUGUGGAUGAAUUCUAAUUAUUGGGCCGUGGCGCUGCUAACGGCGAUGGUGUCGGGGGUGACGGCACAAGAAGCUGGGAACAUCCUGUCUGUCGCUGCCUAUCAACACACGGCGACUUUGGACCAGCGCGGCGACUUCGUCAUGAGGUGGACGCCCGAGGAGGAGAGCCUCAGGGUGGAGAUCCAAGUGGCCACCAAGGGCUGGGCGGGGCUCGGGUUCUCGCCCAGCGGGGGUAUGCGCGGGGCCGACAUCACCCUGGGUUGGGUAGACUCACACGGGGAGCUCCAUGUGCAUGAUCGUUACGCCCACGGCAAGACAACACCCGUGGUGGACCACUCACAGGACACGGUGGUGGAGGGCGGCUACCAAAACGACACCCACACCGUGAUACGCUUCUCGCGGCCCUGGAACACCUGCGACAAGAGUCAAGACAUGAGGCUUACGGACGAUACGAUGAGGGUUAUCUGGGCGUUCGGUGAGGAAGACCCGGUUGACGAGAUGGUGAUGGAGCGACACGCCCAGCGAGGAGUCAAGAGCAUCUACCUGAAGGAGCCGGGCUUCGCGCCGCCGCCCCUCACGGAGGACAUCGGAGCCUGGGACAUCCGUGCACCAAACGUGAGUCUGUCUUCCCACACAGACACCGUCUACUGGUGCAAACUCUACAAGGCGCCAGAUCACGUCAACGGGACGCACAUAAUCGGGUUCGAGCCGCUCAUCUCGAAAGACAACCUCGCCUACGUGCACCACAUGAUCCUGUACACCUGCAUCGGCUCCCCUUCCCGCCUGCACAGGUGGGCGCAGCACGACGGCGUCCAGUGCUACGCGUCCAACAUGCCUCCCUCGUGGUACUCAUGCAGAACAGUAUACAUCGCCUGGGCGGUGGGCAGCGAAGGGGAGACGUGGCCGGACAACGUGGGCCUCCCUGUUGGGGGGGGGAAUGAGCCUCACUACUUCAUGCUGGUGGUUCACUAUGACAACCCUCGCCUGACGGAAGGCGUUGUGGACGACUCUGGUCUGCGCGUACUGUACACGAAGAAGCUGAGGAAAUACGAAGCAGGCGUCUUGGUGGUGGGCCACAUGGUUGAAAAGGGCCAAGUCAUUCCUCCCGGGCAGACCUGGAUGAGCAUCGGCCACUGCGGCGCCCCGUGCCUCGAGGCGUUCCUGCCUCCUGAGGGCAUCAAGGUGAUCCAGGUCGCGCAACACUCGCACCUCCUCGGCAGGGGACUGACUCUGAGACACAUCCGUGGACACAGAGAACUGCCCGUCAUUGCCCAGGAUCUAAAUUAUGACUUCAACUACCAGAUAUCCAGGAGACUGAAGAAGGAGUUGACUGUGCUGCCCGGGGACUCCUUCAUUCAAGAGUGCCUGUAUGACUCCCAUGGCAAGACAGACCCAACCUUUGGCGGCUUUAGCACCAGGGAAGAGAUGUGCGUGUCCUUCCUGCUGUACUACCCCAAGGUGCCCAUAACCUCCUGCCUGUCACACCCCGCCCUGGAGAACAUCUACCAGCCACUCGGGGUGAAGAACAUCCAGACGCUGAAUAAGAACAGGACCUAUUAUUGGGACCUAGAUGAGGAGAGGGAGAGGAAGCUGGUGGAGGCACUCCUGGAGAGGGAGGAGAAGCCAUCCAUAACGGCGUAUGACUUUGGAAUGGUCUACAAGAGUAUGGGAGUACAUGAACCCGGCUCAUUAAAUAACAAGACCUUGUAUGAUAUUUUCCUCGAUAAGAAGACAUGGAGAGACGAGGGCAGGAUGCGGGCUCUGCAGAAACAAAUUGAAUAUGGUACUCAUCGCAUAGAGUGUCGCACUAAUAGCCUCAGACAGUGGAAAGACUACGAGUACCCACACUUCACAUCCAUCAAAACCCUGGACGAUGAAUGUGCAGAAUCCGAAGGGUCUCAAGUCUACCAUCUCGUGCCCUCAGACGUGCCAAAGGAAGGUUCGCCAAGCCAUACCCUGCAGCCAGCCAGCACUCCCUCCCUCCUGCUCGGUUCUGUGGGUCUCCUGCUCAUUCUCCUCAAGUAAAUGGCCCAGAGGAACAACCUGCUGGAGCUUCUAUUGAAUAAUCUAAUAAGGAAACGUUCAGGGGUAGCCCAUACUUUACCUUGCCCCUGGUUGGUAAGGGAUUUAUAACCUUUUUGCAUUGUGUUAUCAAGCUGCUUCAGUGAAAUAAUAGGAAUAAUAUGAUGCGGAUUAAGUGAUAACGAAGCAAUGGGAGUAAUAUAAUGGCAAGAGUGUUAAUAAAAUACUUGUAAUACUAUGAUGAGAAUAAGAUGAUGGCAAGAAAAACGUGUGCAAGUAAAAUAAUGGCAAGAAAAACAAUGACGAUAAAAUGAAGGGAAUAAGACAAUGGACAUAAAAUAAAGACAAAAAUAGUGUCAAGGAAAAUGCCAAUAAAAAUAAUGGCAAUAAAAACAAUGACAAUAAAAUGAAGGGAAUAAGGCAAUGGCCAUAAAUAAAGACAAAAAUAAAAAUGUCAAUAAAAAUAAUAGCAAUAAAAAUAGUGGUAAUAAAAACAAUAUUAACAAAAUACAACAUACCUUACAAUGCCACCCGUCUACGUUAUAUUCAUCGUCAUCUCCAACAAUCCUUUCUACCUUUCCAUCAACCUGUAAAGAAAUUAAUUGAUCGAUGGUUUAUUGUUGCAAAGUCACACAACAAAGAUGGAUGGAUUCGUUACUUACAAGAGCAGCCUCACAGUGACUAAUUAUCCUUAUCUUAUCCUUAUCCGUAUUUUUAACCCAGCAUCCUUUAAUUCCUUCUUUCGGGAUCCUUUUUUUUUCCCUCUCUCUCUCUCUCUCUCUCUCUCUCUCUCUCUCUCUCUCUCUCUCUCUCUCUCUCUCUCUCUCUCUCUCUCUCUCUCUCUCUCUCUCUCUCUCUCUCUCUCCUCGCCAACAUCCCUCUUUCCUCCUCUCCAUCCCUCUCUCUCUCCUUCUCUCCUCUCCAGCAUCCCUCUUUCCUCCUCUCCAUUCCUCUCUCUCUCCUUCUCUCCUCGCCAGCAUCCCUCUUUCCUCCUCUCCAUCCCUCUAUCCUUCUCUCCUCUCCAGCAUCCCACUCUCUCUUUUCUCUUUCCCUUAUAUUCCCUCUCUCACCUCCCUUCCCUUUUUCUCCUCCAUCCGCUAUCUUUUUCUCCUCCUCUCAAGUCCUCUUUCCUCCUCUUCAGCAUCUAUCUCUUCUCUCUCCCCUCUAACAUCCAUUCAACGUAUCGGCGUCUCAUUUCGCAUGUUAUUAAAGCCUCUCGUCAAGGUUCCCGGGAUUUUCAUGGACUGCUGUGUGAUCCUAGUGAUAGUUUUACCCGACUUGUGCAUUUUAAACAUAAUAAUCACCCAUGAAAACCCUAUAUAGUCUUCUCUGUGGCAUUGGGAAACGGUAGCAAUGGGAGCCCGAUAUGUUUAUAAAUACUGUGGUAGGUCAGGUCAUUCAGCGUCCAGUACACUCCGUUCACGCUAACCUCACGAAUAAGCUCCGCCCACAUCACCCAACCACCCACCAAUAAGAUUUCGACCCUCCCCCGGCUACUACCUUCGUCCAGAGAAGUAAUCGUUUCUAUCUGUAUUACGCAAUUAAUCUGAAUAAAUAUACGUGUAUAUAUCAGUUUCUGCUAUUCCCUGUACGUGAAAAGCAGACCAUGUCAACACGAAGUUAGGGAUAUUUUUUUUUUUUUUUUUUUUUUUGGUAUUUCGUUGGGGAUAUUGAAGGGAAUAAAUUUGAGGCCAGGGGAAGAAGAGAAAGAAGAACAUGUUACUCCUUAUCUAUUUAUUUAGCUGUUGACUUGUGAUGGCUGUGACUAGAAAUGUAUAUCUAAAGUAUUUA